GUCAGGUAUAUAUCAGAGUCUCAUUCGCAUCUUUUUCUCAUGGUUCGGCCACUUGCGAAGUUCUCUCUUCUUCUUCCAAGAUACCAAGAUUGAACUUGGAAUUGCUGUGUCCACGCACUCUGCGGAGAAGACUCGAGUUUACAAAGUCAUGAUGUGCGGGGUAUAUUAUAUUGGAAAAGCCCUUGAGGCCGUAUCCAUCCAGCUGCGAAUUGGGAAAUUCGAAGGUAUGGACUGCCUCGCCCAUUCCUUCAUAUAAACGAAUCUAACGAACCAAACAUAGUCGGUGGAAACUGGCAAUGUCAAGAUUGCUCCACCAACAACACCCCGCUCUGCGCCGACUGCAAAGAUUCUUGGUUGCACGAAUUGAGUUCUUUAGAAUACUCGAACCGCUUCGAACGACGAGUCGGGUUCCUCAGCGGUGUAUCCGCCAUCAUGAUGGGCCUCGUGGCCUUCCUGGGAAACGCAUCAAUGACACUCUGGCAAUCCGGUCCUCACCUCUUUUCCGUACUGCUCCCUUCCCCACCCCAUUACCCACUGCACCCACUAACAGGCGCCACAGAUCACUUCGGUCCUUCCCACACUCUCCCUCGCAGCCCCAUGGCAAAACGUCUACAACUACACGCUCCUCCUCCUCCUCCUCACCUCUACCCUCGUCCUGUGCUCAGCGCAAAUAAUAUGCAUGUUCCUCACCAUGAUGAAUCCCACCACUACCCGCCACUGGCGGCACAUGACGGCCACGGUCUGGGCGGUAAUUGGAUUCUCGACGUUCGUCACCAUGAUACUGACGAUUUAUAAUCCGUUGGGGGAUUUGAUUCUGGUGUUUUGGCCGGUCAUGACGGGAUUGGUCAAUUGUGGGGUUGCCUGGGGUAUGGAUGUUCGGGAGGCAGAGGGGAGGAUAAUGUUGGCUGGCGAUGGAGGGGAGAAGGUAUAA